ACACACACACACACACACACACACACACACACACACACACACACACACAGUCGAAACAGUGCUGAGCUUCUCAUUCCCGCCGUCACCAUGCUGCUGAUCCUGCUCUGCUUCCACACCUUCACCUGGGUCGCGUCUCAGGCGCCGCCGCCGCCACAGAACGUCCAGGUGGAGAAGGGUCAGCUGACUUGGACUCCAGGGGAGCCGGACGUCACCUACACGGUGAAUUACCGCAGAUUUAACUCUGAUAAAUGGGAAGCUCUUCCAGCCUGCAUCCAGACGCCGUUACAUUCCUGCAACAUAUCAGCGAUUGGGCCGAGCGACACUAACGGCUCGCCUGAGAACAGCUGCGUGACGCUGCGUGUGCAGGCCGAGAGACGGGGGCUGAGAUCUGAGGGUGUUAACGCCUGCAGCAGAUACGGUGACGUCUGCACGCCUCCGUUCAGCAUUUUGACCCGGCCCGGAUCACUCACCGUAUUACUUAACGAUGACCACGAGCUGGCGAAGGAACACGACAGCAAUGCCAAGCACAGGAUUUACUUUGGCAGAGAGGGAGAGAGUCCUCUGCAGGAGUAUGAAGACACUGUAGCCUCCACGACCAUUGAAGAGCUGGAGGAGGGGCAGCGGUACUGUGUUCAGGUGGCCUAUACGCUCCACGGGAAACUCGUGGAACCAUGCAGCUGCAUCCAGUGUGAGGUCAUCCCUGCUUCAGAACACGUGAACAGGACGCCGAUGAUCGUGGGGCUGCUCGUCGGCAUCGUGGUCCUCGCCAUCAUCAUUCUUGCAUUCAGCUACCCCCUGUUUUUUCACCAUUAGAAAAUCAAACGCUGCCUACACUUACCAUGAUGCAGUGAGAGUCGUGUUUCCCAGGCUGCUAAUGGUGACAUCCAGAAGCCUUCAGCAGGCAGCAGGUAGAGGACGUUCAAGAAGCUGUGCUGCUCUCCAAGACGACGUCUUACUUCUUAAACCUAAACACACAAACUUCUCAAAACAGAGUCUGAUGGAGGACUUUAUUAUGGCAGAGCUUGUGUGUUUCCUACAAACUGGACUAUCAGAUGAAACGUGACAUCCAGAGAUGUCAAACAGAGUUUUCAGAUUGUUUUCGUGGGCUGCUGGGAUGUAUGCGUUUGGACCGUGAUGAGGGGAAAACAAGAUUUCUGAAGUAACGUAAUAGGAUAGGUUAAAAAAGCUGAUAUUAGAGUCUGCUCAACUGCAGGAGGAGGACGUCUCCCGAGAAGCAGUUUAGAGGAUUCUGACUAUCCUGGUAAGACAGCUGACAUAGCAGGAGAUGGGACCUGGACUAGCAGCUGUUUAUGUACCUAAUCUAUGUUUACGACACAGAGUUAUCAUUAUCAUCAUCAUCAUUUAUUUAUAUAGCACUUUAAAAACACACCUGGUAGACCAAAGUGCUGUACAAAACUAAUAUGCACAUAGUAAUAAAAAAAAAAUAAAAAUAAAAAUAAAAAUAAAAAAUCAGUUACCCACAGAGUUAAAAGCCAAGGAAUAAAAUUAGGUUUUUAGUAAAGACUUAAAAACUGGCGCUGAUGUAGCCUGUCUAAUAUGGAGAGGAAGGUUAUUCCAAAGCAUCGGCGCUGCAACAGAGAAUGCUCGGUCUCCUCUACGUUUCAGCCGUGACUUUGGGACAGAAAGCAGCAACUGCUCAGCUGACCGAAGGGAACGAGUGGGGACGUGGGGCUUCAACAAGUCAGCCAAAUAAACAGGUGCCAGACCAUUUAGAGAUUUAAAAACCAAUAAAAGGACUUUAAAACGGAUCCUAAAUUCAAUUGGAAGCCAGUGUAGAGAGGCCAAUAUCGGAGUGAUGUGAUCAAAUUUUCUUCUGCCAGUUAAAAAUCGUGCCGCAGCAUUUUGCACUAAUUGCAAGCGUGACAAAGUGCCCUGCCCAACCCCUAUUAAAAGAGAAUUACAAUAAUCUAAACGUGAGGUAAUAAAGGCAUGAAUAACACUUUCCAAGUCACCCUUGGAAAGAAAGGGCUUAACCUUUGAUAAACGUCUGAGGUGAUAAAAUGCUGAUUUUACCACCCCGUUUACAUGGUCAUUAAAGGUAAGUGCAGAAUCAAUUUUAACUCCGAGAUUUGUGAUCGAACUCUUUAGUUGGGAAGUUAAAGCUGCAAGAUCAACAUCCGGAGUAUGAGAAGAACGAUUUGGGCCAAAUAAAAUUGCUUCUGUCUUCCGAUCAUUAAAAUUUAAAAAGUUUUUUGCCAUCCAUGCUUUGACAUCAGUAAGGCAGUCAAGCAGAGGUCGAGUUGGGAGACUAUCAGAAAGAGUAAAGGGUAAGUAGAGCUGGCAGUCAUCUGCGUAUAGAUGGAAUGGCACUUUAUGUUUCCGGAAAAUCGCACCAAGAGGCAAAAGGUACAGUGAAAACAAUAACGGCCCAAGAAUAGAUCCCUGUGGCACACCCCAAAGCAGAGGGGCCACAGAGGAUGAAGCCGACCCCAACUUAACACAAAAGGUCCUAUUUAAGAGAUAGGACUUUAACCACAAAAGUGCCAAACCAGAAAUUCCCACACAGUGCUGCAAGCAGGAGAUCAACAAAUCAUGAUCCACUGUGUCAAAUGCAGCGGUCAUGUCCAACAAGACCAGCACUGCAUAUUUACUACGGUCUGUGGCUAUCAGGAUGUCAUUCAUAACUUUUACGAGGGCCGUCUCCGUACUGUGGAAUGGUUUAAAGCCGGACUGAAAGAUUUCUGACAAUUUAGACUCAUUCAAGUAGUCCAUCAACUGAGUAUAAACAAUCCUUUCCAGAAUCUUACUAAGAAAGGGAAGCUUAGAGAUGGGUCUAAAAUUUGAUAUGACUGAACUGUCUAAGCCCGGUUUCUUAAGUAAAGGAUGUAUGACUGCAUGCUUAAAUUCCCUAGGUACUUGACCAGACAAAAGACUAGUAUUAAUAAUGUUCAGAAUGUGUGGUCCAAUGAUAGGAAAUACCUUUUUGAGAAAGCGGGGAGGAACAACGUCAUUUGGAGAGCCACACGGUUUAGCUUUCAACACAAGUUUCUCUAAAUCAGAUAAAACAAUUGGUAGAAAAGCAGAGAACAGACUUGAGCAAGAACCAUGCAUGGCUGGGUCAGCAAUAGGUAGAGUCGGAGGUCUCAAACUAGCAACCUUGUCCACAAAAUAAUUAAGAAACUUAUUGCACAUAACCGCAGAAGAGUGCAAAAGAAUAUAGCCUUCUGGAUUAAUUACAGAAUUUAUAGUGUUGUAUAGAACACGAGGAUUAUGCGAGCUGGCAGCAAUAAGUUGAGAAAAAUAGGAGUGCUUGGCAGCCUUUACUGCUCUCUGAUAGACUUUCCAGCUAGUCUUAAGAGCUUCCAUAGAGACACACAGCCCAUCUUUUUUCCACUGUCUUUCACAUCUUCUACAUUCUUUUCUAGUGGCUCUGGUAAAAUCAGUUAGCCAAGGACUAGCCUUUGGCUUGCAUUGUCUGAAUAUAAAAGGAGCGACAGUGUCGAGGACAGAUUUACAAGCAGAAUCCAAAUACGAAACUAAUCCAUCUGAGGUGGACAACUCAGGAGGAUAAGAAAUAAAUUGGUCAAACAAUAUGGAAAACCGCUCGGCGGUAUCUGAGCCAAAAGCACGAUAACAUCGAGCAGGUACAGCCUGUUUAACAACAGGAUUAAAAAGAACAAUAUCACAUAAAAUAGGCAUAUGGUCAGAUAAACCAUGUGAUAAAACCAAGUCCUGUGUGUGACCACGUUCUUGAGUGGCACCUUUAACAGACUGAACAAAAUUAAAAGAGUUCACUAAGUCCAGAAAGUCCUUAGCCAGGGGCUUCCCCGGGCAGCAGACGUGUAUAUUAAAAUCACCAAGUAAAAGGAUCUGGUCAUACCGCGAUGCACAGUCAGCAAGAAACUCUGCGAACUCGGAUAAAAAGUCCUUAUUAUAUUUUGGGGGCCGAUAAACAAUCGCACACAACAGCGAAGACGAGUGGUCCAGUUCGCACAAACAGAGUUCAAAACUGGUGUGGUGUGUCGAUGGGGAUAGCUGCUUAAAGUCAAGAUGUGCCUUAAAAACAACAGUUAGCCCUCCUCCGCGACCAGAAACGCUCGGAACACUAAAGAAGGCACAGCCAGCCGGCAAUAAUUCAGAGAAGGCACUUAACUCACCGGGUGGAAUCCAAGUUUCAGUCAAGCAGAGAAAAUCCAGCACACGGGAAGAGAAAAAUUCCUUCAAAAUAAAUGUCUUAUUUGCCACCGAUCUGGCGUUAAUUAAACCCAACCUGAGAGGAAUUGGCUCGGGAGCUUCCGAGGCGGUAACAACCAGAUCCACAGGUCGGAGGUUUUUUCGGUCCACUCCACGCCAACGCAGAUGUCGGAGAGGAGAGGGUUUUGCAGAACCGUUCCCAAGAGAUCCCACAACAGGAACCAAGCAGGAGUCCACCGGGUCCAAAGCACGCAACGGCACCAAGAGUCGCGGGCAGGAUCGACAAAUUGAGCGAAGCUCAUGAGGAAAACAAGAAAUCCUGAGUCUCAGUUUGACAAGGCGACCUCCACGGUUACCCCGUCUCCUGCGUCGCUUCCGCACAUCCAGUGGCAAAGGGAAGGAACGCCAGUGAGGUGGUGUUACUUCCAAAUCGGGAGGCAGAAAGCCUUGGUUGUCAUUUCCAAGCCGAGCUAAAGCUUGGGUAGAUAAGCCUAUUUCCAAUAAUGUCUGCCGAUCAUAAAACAAUGUAGGGCUAACAUGUUGCACAAAAUUG